AUGCGAGGGGUAGCGCGGUGGCUCCAGCAGGCCGCGCCCGCUGCGACCGGCGACGUCGAGGCCAUCGAGUCGGAAGUGGACGACGACGAGUUCGUCGACGGCAAGAGCAAGCGGCCCAAAGAAGCCGAGGGCAAGAAGCGCAAGGCCAAGCCAAAGCCCGACAAGAGCCAGCUGCGGUUGAGCUUCUUCUGCCAGCCGCCGCCGCCGCCGACCGAGCCAAAGGUAGCCGCCAACGCCGUGGUCGAAGUUGCCGCUGCCAAGCGAAUCGAGAUUGUGACACUUGACGAAAGCGUCGACUGCAUCGAGAUCCCGGACGAGCCAGCCCCGUCGCGAGCGCGGCGCGCGGCCAAACGCAAGCCGUCGGCCACGACCGACGCGUCGUCGUCCGAAGACACGGUGGCGCCGACACGAGCCAAGCGGCGCGUCCGGGACAAGCCGGCGAAAAAGGCGACCGCGCACGACGACGACGACGACGAUGCGAUCGAGAUCUGGUCCCCCGAGGCGCCGCAGAAGAAGCGCAAGGACGCCUUCUUCCUCACGCCGCAGCAGCGCGAGGCCAUCAAGGCGCAGGAAGCCAUCAGCGCCGCUGUCAACCCGUUUUUUCAAAAAACCCACCCGACCGCCAAGGCGCCGAUCGUCCUCGAUGGCGAUGACGCGCCAACGUCGACCAUCAAGUGGUCGAGAGAGCCCAUGCCGUACCCGCCGGGGCACCUCUGGCACGUCAACCGGCUUCCACCCACUGCGGCGCCGCUGCAGCCACUGCCCAUCGGCCUCAAAAUCGAUGUCCCGAUCGUAGUCGAUGUGGCCAAUAUGUCGUCGCCGCCAUGGCGCGCCUUUGCGGCCGACCACGACGUCGACCGUCUCCACGAGCUCAUGCGGGACGAGGCGCUCUGGGUGCACUCGGCCAUCGCAGUGGACGCGUCGACGUCGUCCGGCGUCAGCAGUGCGCAGCGCGGACGCUGGAUGCAAGCGUUGAAAAGCCGGCGCACCGACCCCGGCUUGCUCUCGGUCGACACGUUCGCACCGACGUCCUUUAACGGCGUUGUCGGCAGCAAGGAGAGCGUCGUCGCGCUGUACCAAUGGCUCCGCGCGUGGAAGACGUUGCGCAGCGGCAAGCAGCCCGACCGGUCGUCCUACAUGGAGUUUUUCAUGGACCCCGAGGACUCGGACGACGACGAAGAGGACACGGAGCUCUACCGCCUCCUCGUGCUCCAAGGCGAGGCGGGCGCAGGCAAGACGUGCAGUGUGUACGCGUGCGCGGCCGAGCUCGGCUACCAAGUGCUCGAGAUCAACGCCGGGCAGCUCCGGUCGGGCAAAACGCUGCUCGAGCUCGCGGGCGAAGCGACGCAGUCGAGCCGCGUGCUCGCGUCGACGACCAGCGCGUCAUCGGCAUCGGCGGCCAAUCCGCGCGGCGAAAGAGCAGAAAAGCAAGAAAAAAGCCAGGAAGAAAAACGGGAAAAGGAAGAUUUUACCGCCUCGAAAACGCUCUCGCUCGUGCUCCUUGAAGACGUCGACGUGCUGUUUGACGCGGACAAGGGCUUUCUCAGCGCCUUGUCGCAGAUGGCGCGGCAGGCCAAGUGCCCGAUCCUCGCGACGUGCACGCACCUACCCGAGAACUUUCCGUCGCACCCGCCGUACUUGCUUCGCCAGUGGCGCCGGCCGACGGCCGCCGAAUUCACGACGUAUCUCUCGCUCAUGAGCGAGAACGAGCAGUGGGCACUGCCACCGACGGCCAUGACGCGUCUGCACCGCAUCUUUCGUGGCGACGUGCGCCGCGCGCUGCAUUUUUUGGACUUUUACAAGCCACUGGACCAGCCGUGGACACACAUCGUGUGGCGUCCGUAUGCGUCCCAGGACGACAAGGAUGAUGACGCGCCGAUGGUCGACCUCACCGAGGGCGUCCCGCUGCUCGCCUCGGCGUAUGCGGCGUCCGGAGUCGAUGUGCUCCAUGCUACGUACCUCGUCGAGUGGCGACGCCGGUAUGGCGACGAGGUGACCGAAGGCCCUGCGUCGUGGGCAGACAACGAUCGUCCGUCACGGCGUCAGUGCGACGAGAUGGAAGCCGUCGCGCUCCUGGCCGAUGCUGUGAGCGAUUCGGAUGUUUGGCUGCGCACGGACGACGACGACGACGACGAUGACGGCAGGCGGGUCGUGGUGCAGGGCGUGCGGUCGAUGGCGUGUGACGUCGGCUUUGCGCUCGGCGACGAGAACGACGACGAAGCAGGCCUCGCCGCGCUCGACGGCCUCGACCUGUGCAGCGACGCCAUGGACAAGGAAGCAACGAUUCGGCGCAACCAAGCCGAGCUGGGCGACCUCAUGGAAGCGUUGCACGUCUCGAUGGAGACGUCGAAAGGGAUGCGACGCCUGCGCGAUGGCGCGGUCGACACGAUGCCGUUCCUGGGCCGCAUGGCCAAAUCCGACUCUGUGAUUCAGCAAGUGCGACGCCGGUCGUUGGGGCGCAAGGGGUAUCUCGCCAACGUCAUUUCCGACAGCAGCCUCAUCGCGACGCUGCAAGACCGAACAAACUAUCAUUAA